UUACGAGAAUGAAGGUGCUCUUGAGAUGACUGAGACUUGGGUAAGAAAAGAAAACAAAAAAAAUUCCAGAAACCCAAAAUUAACAAAUAAAUAAAGAAGUAUUUGUUUAAAUUUAUUUGUGCGUUUCAUAAAAACAUGUAUGUUACUUGUAAUAUAAAAAAGAGAAUUAAAAAAAAUCCCUAAACCCAAAAUUAUUGUCUUUAGAGAAACCCUGCAGAUAGAGGUUUAUAUUUUCCUUCUUUCUUUUCGAAACGCUUCAAAGAGACAUCAGAACCCCAAGUUCAUUCCUCUAAACCAGGUGAUAUCCAUAAUUAUUGUGCUUUCUGAUAAAAUCCCACUUAGUUUUCUUGAUAAACUACUGAACUGACAUAUUUUCUUGUUCGUUUAUGUGUAACAGCGGUGAUGGCAUUGUUGUCUAGAGCUCCUUGCAGCACCAUAUCUCAGCUGGAGAAGACGCGGAUUUUCAAAAAACAGUGUUUUAGUUUUGUUAAUGUUAAUAAUAAUGUUGUAUUCUCAAAACCGACAUGUUUAGUUCCUGUAGCUUUGUCAAUGUCUUCAACGACUGAGCCAAUUCGAGAGUUGGAAACACAGAGUUCUAAAAACUUCAAUAUUCCCAUCAUGGUAAAUGGCUGUAGUGGACAAAUGGGUAAGGCUGUUAUACAGGCAGCGGAUUCUAUAGGACUUCAGGUGCUUCCUGAAUCAUUUGGCUCACAAGAGGAAUCCGGGCUAGUAAUAGAAGUAUGUGGAAAAGAGAUUCUGUUGCAUGGUCCUUUUGACAGGGAAAGAGUCCUUGCAUCAAUCUUUGAUAAAUAUCCAAACAUGAUAGUGGUGGACUACACUGUGCCGAGUGCAGUGAAUGAUAAUGCAGAGCUUUACUGCAAAGUUGGUGUGCCCUUUGUUAUGGGAACCACAGGAGGAGAUAGAGAUAAAUUGUAUAAGACUGUAGAAAACUCAAAGGUCUAUGCUGUGAUUUCCCCACAAAUGGGAAAGCAGGUUGUCGCAUUCCUUGCAGCUAUGGAAAUAAUGGCCAAGCAAUUUCCUGGAGCCUUUACUGGGUAUUCACUUCAGGUGUUGGAGUCCCAUCAAUCAAGCAAAGUCGACACAUCUGGAACUGCCAAAGCCGUUAUUUCAUGCUUUCAGAAAUUGGGGGUCUCUUUUGAUAUAAAAAAGAUACAAAAGAUCCGGAAUCCCAGUCAACAAAUUGUGGUGGUGGGAGUUCCUGAGGAGCAUUUGGAUGCCCAUGCUUUCCAUAUGUAUCACCUCAUCUCACCUGACCAAACAGUUUCUUUUGAGUUUCAGCAUAAUGUUUGUGGGAGAUCAACAUAUGCCGAGGGUACUGUUGAUGCUGUGAUUUUCCUAUCUAAAAAGGUUCAAUUACAGGCCGACAAGCGGAUCUACAGUAUGAUAGAUGUCUUGCGGGAGGGGAACAUGCGAUAAAAUUGUGUGUUUUCAUACCUAACAUUGUUUGUAUUGGUAUGUAAUUCAGGUCAAGAUGCCUAGUGAUAUUAUGGACAUAUGGAAGGGGAUUUUGAAUAAAUGUUUUGCCCUUAAAUGCACUUUAUUAUUUUUGUUGUUA